GACAGACCCACUGGAGCCAAUCCUUCCCCCAGGCUUCCUGCUGAACCUGGUGUUGGCAGAGACCUGGAGACCUGGGGUGUGGUACAGGAUCACUGCUGUCCCCAUGCAGUCUGGCAGAGAGGCUGCACUGCUCUGGCUUGAUUUCUGAUGUUGAGGUGAUGCAGCAGCUGUUCUAUGAGAAUUAUGAGAAGAACAAAAAGGGCUACAUCCGAGACCUGAGGAACAGCAAAAUACACCGAGCUAUAACACUGCACCCCAAUAAGAACCCCCCGUACCAGUACAGGCUUCACAGCUACAUAUUGAGCCGCAAGAUAGCGGAGCUGCGCCACCGGACUGUGCAGCUGCACCGGGAGAUCGUCCUGAUGAGCAAAUACAGCAACACUGAAAUCCACAAAGAAGACCUGCAGCUGGGGAUGCCGCCCUCCUUCAUGCGAUUCCAGCCCCGCCACCGGGAAGAGAUCUUGGAAUGGGAGUUUCUUACAGGAAAAUAUUUGUAUUCAGGUGCCGACGGGCAGCCCCCGCGGAGAGGAAUGGACUCAUCUCAGCGUGAAGCGUUGGAUGACAUCGUUAUGCAGGUCAUGGAAAUGAUCAAUGCCAACGCUAAGACCCGGGGGAGGAUCAUAGAUUUCAAGGAAAUACAGUAUGGCUAUCGCAGGGUGAACCCCAUGUACGGAGCAGAGUACGUUCUGGACUUAUUGCUCCUGUACAAGAAGCACAAGGGGAAGAAGAUGACGGUCCCUGUCCGGAGGCACGCGUACCUGCAGCAGACGUUCAGCAAGAUCCAGUUCAUGGAGCACGAAGAGAUGGACGCCAAAGAGCUGGCCAGCAAAAUCAACCAGGAUUCUGGAUCCUUGUCUUUCCUCUCCAACUCGCUGAAGAUGUUCGUUCCCUUCCAGCUCAGCAGAUCCAAAGCAGAGAGGAAGGAGCUCAAAGACAAGAAGAUCAACAUCCUGAUUCCUCUCUCUGGGCGUUUUGACAUGUUCGCAAGGUUCAUGGGGAAUUUUGAAAAGACGUGCCUCAUUCCAAACCAGAAUGUCAAGCUGGUUGUCCUGAUUUUCAACUCCAACUCCAACCCUGACAGAGCGAAGCAGAUCGAUCUGAUGAGGGAGUACCGCUCCAAGUACCCCAAGGCUGACAUGCAGGUUCUUCCCGUGUCGGGGGAGUUCUCGAGGGCACUGGCUCUGGAAGUCGGAUCUUCUCAGUUCCAGAACGAGUCUUUACUUUUCUUCUGUGAUGUUGACUUAGUGUUUACUGCAGAAUUCCUCCAGCGGUGUAGAGCCAAUACAGUUUUGGGUCAACAAGUGUAUUUUCCCAUCAUUUUUAGCCAGUAUGAUCCAAAGAUUGUUUAUAGUGGAAAGGUUCCUAGUGACAAUCAUUUUGCCUUCACCCAGAAAACAGGUUUCUGGAGGAACUAUGGCUUUGGUAUCACCUGUAUUUACAAAGGUGAUCUUCUUCAAGCAGGUGGCUUUGAUGUCUCCAUCCAAGGUUGGGGCCUUGAAGAUGUAGAUCUAUUUAACAAAGUCAUUCAAUCUGGCUUAAAAAUUUUCCGAAGCCAAGAAAUUGGAGUAGUCCACGUGCAUCACCCUGUUUUUUGUGACCCUAAUCUUGAUCCAAAACAAUAUAAAAUGUGCUUGGGGUCCAAAGCUUCAACUUAUGGGUCCACACAACAGCUGGCUGAAAUAUGGUUUGAAAAAAAUGACCCAAAUUUUGGGAAAAGCAGCAAUACUAAUGGCUCAGUGAGGACAGCCUAAUGUCCAGCUAUGCUGGAAAAGACUUUUUUUUUAAUUAUCUAAUUUAUUUUUGGGAAAAUGUUUUUUGAUAAUUCACUUUUAAAAGACCACACAGGAUAUAUUUUAGAAAUCAUCGUUGUUUUCUUACAAAGCGCUCGUUUCGAGAAGAACAAGGCCCUUGGGUUUUUUUUUUGUUGUCGUGUUUUUGGUUUUGAACAAAACUGUGAUCAAUAUUUGCCUUCAGACAAAACAAAAUAAUUGUUUAAGAGUUAUCUGACCAAUCAGCGGAAAUCUGACUUGAAUUAGAAUUUCCUUAUGAACAAAAGAUUGUUUCCUGCCGUUUCCUUUGCCGUCUUCGUUGCUGGGAUUCUGUAAAUUGGGACCUGAGCGUGCAAAGCCAAGUGACAAAACGCUGUGUCUAAAUGUUUUGGUGUGACUGCUGCUGUGCAAAGAUUCUGCUCCUUUGGUUCAGCAUAGCCAUGAAUUUUCAGUUUGUGUUAGACCAAACCAAACCGCCGUGGCGAUGAGAAGGGUGGUAAUCGCACGAGGGGGUUUUUCCUAAUUAUUUCCUGAUUAUUUCAGUUUAAAAAUACACUUCCACUUAUUAUGGGCAGGCGACUCCAAGGGAGGGAAGGAAAUAAGCACAACCCAUGAUCCGGUUAGUCCCUGUAGAAAUUGUUGUGGUUUAUAUUUGGUCCAUAUAUGGACGGAAUGUUUUAGGAAUCCGUGGUGGGUUCUGUGUAUUGUCCUCAACCGCUGUCCUAGAGCUGAGCGAUGCGACCAAGAAAUGCUGAGGUGUGAUGUGGGAGGGGAAGAGGCUGGGAAAUGGGAAUCUCUUGCAGCCAAACGGCAGCACGCAGCGAACAGUCCAAGAUUCCUGAAAAUAACUUGGAAAACUCCUCUGCACCGAGUGUCCUGCGCCCGAUCGCAUCGACUUUGUUCGGUCAAUUACAUGAUGUUAAUGGGAACAAUUAUUACAUUUGAUUACUAGUUUUGUUUUGGGAUUAUUUUUUUUCUGUAUCUUCUAGACCGUUAAUUUAUUUAAUAUCCAUUGUUUUAGAUUCUUGACCUUUCCUUGAAUAUCUGUUAGUCAUUUUAAUAUUUUAUAUAUAUAUAUAUGUGUGUGUAAAUAUAUAUAUAUAUAUUAGGAAUGUAUUGCAUCUUCUCACUGGUAAGGUAGUGUACAUCAUACUUAUAGUAAAUGAUCUCCAAAGAUUACUUUCUAAAAUAUUUUUUCACGAAUCUUUCUUCCCCCCCCCCUCCCCGAAUUUCUUUAACAUUUUUGGAAUCACUUCAGUGAGCUUAUGAAUUUAUUUGGUAUUCUAAGAGGAACUGGGGGUGGGGAGGCCGAAUACAAGGAAAGUGUGAUCCCUGUGAAUGAACACCUAGUAAGGUAAGAAAAAAUACACAAAAUAAAGUGCCUUAAAGCCAGAAAGGGAACCCUGUACAUUGACACUUAGACAGUGUAUGGAAAUUGUCAUUGAGCAGAUGAUCUCUUGGGACCUACCUACCUGUAAAUAUCCUGCUCAGCAGAAACAAAAAAUAAAAACCAGUGAACAAUAUAUUUUUCUAUCAUAUCCUCCAGCACCAUUUCGUCUCAUUGCCCUCCAUUCCACUUUGCCUACUCUUUGGGAAGUGGAGGCGAGUGAAGGAAUGGAGAAAAGCUGAUGCUUAGGUGGUUGUUGCCAUGUUUGAAGGGAUCUUACAGAGCAAUUGCUGUUCCAGUAGAAGAAAUAACUGUUGUUCACACAUGUGUGGAGUACAAACUGCAGCUAGUGUAGAGUCGGUGUCUUGCAAUAUUCAUCAUUUUCUGGUGACAGUCCCAAGGAUGUAGGUACUUGGAUGAAUUCAGUGCAUGGAAUUUUUUUUUCCUUCUCUCUCUUUUUUUUUUUUUUUUUUUUUUUUAAGACUUGCUUCUAAGAUGCAAUAAAGAUUUUUUUUUAUUUGCAAUUGGAGCUGCUCACGUGGUCAGUCCAUAUCGUUUCAUCCGGCGUAGGCACAGUGCAGAGGUGACACACCUUUGGGAAGUCCAGGUAAAAGGAUCUCCCAUCUUUCCAAGGGUUUUGACCUCUCAUGUUGAGUUUUGGCCUGGAAUAAACUUAAUGCCAUAUCCUGUGACUGUGGAGAAAGGGAGAACAAACCUCUUCAUCAGACUUCGGCACACAGCGCUGUUGAGCUCUGCCAUCGCUGGUUUUGACUUUUUCCUCAUGAAAAGAUUCAAAGUACUUUUGCUGUCUGAAAAUAUCCGCAGCUAUAGAUUCCAAAUGCAUACAGUGACAAGGCUGAAUGAUGUCAUAAUGUUUUGUGUAUUCAAAACACAGUAAAAAUAAUUUUGAAGUGGGUUGAGAACUUAUUUUUAAUAGCUCUGCCAGUUGUUCACUAUUGGCGUGAGGCUUUUUUAUGUAAAAAUUAAGUCCCAAAGCAAGAAUCUUAGGGAUUGCAGAAGUGUUUCUUCACACAAGGGAAAGGGGAAAAAAAGCAACUUGUAUUUGUGGCUGCAGAAAAGAGCUUGAAGAAUAGGAACCCUAAAGAACCGCACCAAAAGAGAGGGGGGAAAAAAAGCCCUGUAUUGGUACUGUAUUUAUUAACAUUUAUGAUUAUGUAGGACUUUUUUUAGCCCAUAACAGCUGGUAAAAGCAGAAUGUAUGUAACUGGAAAAAGCCAUUUAAUAACCAGCACCGAUCUGGUAUUGGUUUUUUUUUGCUCAGUUGCUGCAGUUCUAAUUCUGUUACCAAAUCUAUAUUAAAAGUGACUUUUCCACCAAGCUUGCAGGCAGCUCUUGAGGCCCCACAUUGUUCACACUGGUCAUGUAUUUUAUGGACUCACAGCUUAAAAGGAAUCAAUUUUAAAGUUAAAUCUCCAAUUAUAGCCCUCUGUGAUAAAGUCUAACUGUAUAAAACCCAUUUUAUAAUAAAAUAAGUGGUAUUUGCUGCCCCAGUUAUAAGGAGAUGGACAGGUGGAAGCCAUCGGUGAUCAGGUGCUAACCCAGCCUUCACAAAAAUCCCUUCUGGGGCUGGAACAUUUUAUCUGCAAUUUACUCCAGUUGUUUGGUUUAGAGAGAGGUUUCCUUCAUGCUGAGAAGCCCGUUGGUGCUGGGAAACCCCAGAGGGUUUGCCUCUAGGUAGAAGAAAAUGAGAUGGUUCCAUCCUGAAAUCCUGAAGAACGUGGUGACCAGUCAUGUGCUGAGCAUUGCUGUCUAUUGAGAUGCUUGUCUUCAUUAAAACAAUUAAAAAUGUGA